CCUCGAUUGAUAUAGGUGUUUAUUUCUCCUUAACCAGUCCUCCUUGUCAGAUGUCUUUGCGUGGACCUGAAGGACUUGAAGACACUGAGACCUCUGAAAAGGACUUGAAGACACUGAGACCUCUGAAAAGGACUUGAAGACACUGAGACCUCUGAAAAGGACUUGAAGACACUGAGACCUCUGAAAAGGACUUGAAGACACUGAGACCUCUGAAAAGGACUUGAAGACACUGAAGAAGUUGAAAAGGAAUCGAAGACACUGACGAUGGUUUCCCUUCAGCGUCGAAACGUUUGUGAACUGUCGAGUCUAAAAGAGUAAGCGAGCGGGCGCCGUGGCAGGGGGCCGCGUUCGGGAGUCGAAGAGCUUCUUUGGGCCCUCAGGAGAAGGGGAGCUCAAGGAACCACGCGUUGAGCGAUGGCCGGCUUCUGCGUGAGGAGAGGGAGUGAGGAAGCCCCUCCGUGGUUCUUUCGGCAGCGGCUCUUGGGCUUCCUGACGCUGCUGUUCCUCGUCCUCGCCCGCAGCGCCUCCGCCGGCGUCCUCGUCAGAGAGAGAACCGACGACGGCGGCAAUCGAGGGAGGGAUUAUCUUCAGACCGUCAGGAGUGACGACAGUAGCAGCCAAUGGAAUGUCAUUCGACUCAAUGUCUCCAUCGCUGAGCUCUUCGGAUGGCAACGACCCGACGGCUCCCGAACACGAGACCGAGGAAAUCUAUUUACGUCCAACGAUAACAAGUACUACGACGGCAACUAUGGCAACGACAGACGCGGAAGCACCUCCACCGGCGUCGCCGACAAGGGAAAAUACGACGAAGCUCUGAUGAAGCACUAUCUCAAUUCUCUCGACGACGAGAACACCCUGAAGACCCUCCUGAAAGACCCUCCCGUGAAGACCCUGGACUCUUUCCCGACGGAGCGCCCGACGUACGUCCGCAGAAGGAUCGUGAUCCCCGUGGGUUUAAUCAUGUUCCUGCUCUCAUCGUGUCUCUACGGGUGUGCGCGGGUGUUCGGGCGCAAGGAGGAGCAGCAGGAGGAGGUCCGGGAGAGGCCCCAGGUGCUGUUGAGGCUUUUAGUACCUGUGGAGAGGCCUCCCGCGGCUGAGGACGAGACGGAGACCAAGGACCAGGACACGGAGGCACCGCCCACUUACUCGGACGCCCUGAAGUCUGAACCUCCGCCUGCUUAUUCCGAAGUGUGUACGAAAGAGACCUGAGAGGGAGACCCUUGGGAGGCUUGGGGGUCCUGUGCGCCUUCCGCCCGGGGAAAAGAGGAGUGUUCAUCCCCGCUUUGUGAGGGAAGGUUCUUUGACUGCUGUCCUGACUCCUUGACUGUCUAACUGGACGCCAGGCACUUGUUUACGUGCCCUCUCUCUCUCUCUCUCUCUCUCUCUCUCUCAUCUCUCUCUCUCUCUCUCUCUCUCUCUCUCUCUCUCUCUCUCAAACCAGGAAAAUAUUCCCUUUUAUCUAUUCAGUCAAGUAGGUUGUUGAUUUGCCUCAUUAUCUUGUGAUUUCCUUUGCUCUUUUUGAUUCGAAAACAUCUGUCUACCAUGACUCAUGUCCGCGAGAAACGAUGUAUAAUGAAAAUAAUAAUAAUAAAAUCACUUUA